GUAUUGACAGGUGCUGUGUGCCGAAAUGGCUAACUUCAUCUCUGUUUUAUGUUCAUUUUUGUUCCUUGCCACACUAGUUGCUGGAUUUGAAACUGAUCUGACAGUAGAGAUUAAUGCAGGGGCUCAGGAUUGUUUCUACCAACAUGUGAAAAAACCUGUUGGGAUUGAGAUUGAAUAUCAGGUUAUAGAUGGUGGUGAUCUAGACAUCAGUUUUUAUGUCCAGGCCCCAAAUGGUCAAGUGCUGUUGUCUGAUGUACAGAAAUCUGAUGCAGUUCACAAGGUGGACGCUGGAGUAGCUGGAGAUUAUAAGAUAUGUUUUGAUAACACCUUCAGUCACUUCAAUGCUAAGGUCGUGUAUUUUGAAUUGAUUUCUGAUGAUGAAGAAGAAGACGAUGAUGAUGAUGACAAAGACUGGAAUUUUGCUAAAGAAGAAUUGUCAGGAUUAAUUGAUAUGACCAUUCAAGAUUUUAAGAAAAAGAUGGAAACAAUGAAGGACAAUUUGGACAAAUCUGCACAGAUUCAACACAUUUUAAAAAAUUAUGAAGCAAGGGAUCGAAACACAGCUGAGGCAAGCUUCCAGCGAGUGAAUUGGUUUUCUGGGAUCCAGGUGUUUAUAAUGGUGUCUGUUGGUCUUACCCAGGUACUUCUCAUACGUGGCCUGUUUGAUGAUAAGAGUAAGGUACAUGGUGUUAUGAAAGCCAGAACAUAGCUUUGUAAGGUCAUAGUUUGUUUAGGGUACCAUACAUGUAAUCAGUGCUGUGACAUAAUAUAUUUUUUUUUUCAGAUUUUAAACUGUUGUUUAAUCAAAAUGUUAAUUGUUGUGAUCAAUUUAACCAAGGUGUUGCCAGAUAGAUUGAUGAAUAGUUCCUCAAUUUUUCAGUUUUUGUUAAAUAAAGAAAAUAUUAUUUGCCAAAAUCUCCAAUUCUGAGUAAAAAAAUUCUCUUGACAUUUUAUGUAAGUUGUACGGCUGUAGUCAGUGAGACACUGUCACAGAAUGGCCUUUGAUGGGUAAAUUUAAGGUUUUUGGUUGAGGGUGUAGAAUAGAAAUGUUAUUUUUGAUACAGCUACAAGGUAAUUGGGUGUUUUUUUUCGGAUCUUUUCAUAUGUUUCCGUCAUUGUGGUGGAUUGUCUAGUAGUUAUAUCAGCAUUAAUUAAUUUACUUCAAAUUACAAAUUGAAAUUAAAAGUAAUUAGUCAUAGUAUUAUUUCAACAUCAGGUAUUUCAACCAUAGUUAUUUUUAGAAACUGAGACACUUAUUUCUAAAUACCUUUUCAUUAUUGUCAAAAUUGUAAUGUCUAAAAUCAUAACUUGAAAAAAAUGCAAGUUAUCUAAAGCUUAAUUCAUUUUGAAAUGAUUCUAACAUCCAUAUCAAUUUCUCAGUCCUUUUAUUAUUAUACAAGAAGGUAAAUCAAAAUUUAGGAUACAGUGUAUGUGCAGUAUUUUCAACAGAUGUAUGAAGUGACUUUGUACUGGUAAAAAGUCGCUAAAAGUAACAUCUAGUCAAGUUAACAACGAUUUUCCUAUUAAUGUAAUGAUACAGUACUGUAAAUAUAUGUCCUUUUAUGUUAAAUUUUUGUCAAAUUCUUUUCAAAGAACACGAUCAUGCUAUUACCGUGUAAGUCUUGUACUACUAGAGCGUUCUAUGACUGCUGUUAAUUAGUGAUGAAUGGAUGUUUAUGAAAUGUAUUUUUAUAGUGAGAGAGAGUGAAGGGUUUACUGGAGUGUAAAGGUAUAAAAGGCAUUAUUUUAUUCAUCUUGUGCACAUAUUUUGAGUUGUUGUAGACGUUCAGUUAGAUCUCAAUGAUAUUGUCCCAGUCUUCAGAUUCUAGAUGGUGAGUACUGGUACUUAUUAAAACCUAGCCAUUUUUAGAUGAGUUUCCAUGUGUAACCCAGAAGUCAUUCCAUAAUAUUCCUAUCCCCAAAGUUAUACAUAAAUGUUGUUUUCCCUAUUGCACCCCUCCUACUGUUUCUUAAUGAUCACUCACCUUAAUAUGGAUGGUUUUUGUGUCGCCUUUGAAAAAGGAGACAUAUCGGUAUUACUUUUCGGCUGCGUCGGUGUCGGUGUCGGCAUCGUCCGGAAAAUGGUUUUCGUGCGAUAACUUUAGUAGUUUAGAACGGAUUAAUUCGAAACUUCAUGGGAAGGUUCAUUACCAUGAUAGCUCGGACAAGUUCAAUAACCAAAAUUAUUCGCACCUUUUUAAAAGAGUUAUAGCCCUUUAAUUUUUUGCGAAAAUGGUUUCCACUCAAUAACUUGAAUAAUUAUUACAGGAUUAAUUUGAAACUUCAUGGGAAG